AUGUCGCCAAAGGAUAUGGAGGCUGGCAAUUUUACUGGCAUCAUGGAUCAGUUCCUCGAUGACUUGGGAACGCCGUCGCCUUCCUUCAAUAUGGACUUCUCGAUGGACCAAGAACCUAUACCAGGACGUGUAUCAUUACCACCCGAUCUUUUCACUGACGUUUCUACACAACACGAUCGCUACAAUUAUUAUCCUGGCACUGAAAGCAGGGGUGCAGCGAUAACACCACAAAGUAUGGAAAGCGCGACGAAUCCAAGACCACCUGUUCAGAAGUGUUCUUGUAUCGAGUUAGUGAACCAGCAUUUCUCAGAGAUAGAAAGCUCCCUUGAGACAUUCCAAACGCUCAAAGUCCUCAAAAAGUCUCUGGUGUCAGCGAGGACAAUCCUGGAGUGUACAGUCUGUUUUCAGUCAAUCAAGAGUCCACGCACAUCGCGAAACGUCUACCUUUUGGGUUCUCUUCUAUCCAGCAUUGGCUCUUCUUAUGGUGACUUUUUCUAUAUCCAGAAGCAACGAACUUCCGAUCCAUCAGUCUCCAGCACACCUGUGAGCCUUUUUAUUGGACAACAGGCUGAUUCGCGAGACAUGGUUGAGGUUGCUCUCGAGGGACCCAGUUACAUUGCCUUUCUACAAGCAAGUCUCAAAAAAGAGUUGGCUUGUCUUGUGCAACUAGGUGACGAGUUAGCGGCGAGACAGAGUCAAUCUCACACCGAAGGUCACGAGAAUUGCGAAACGGGAACGAGUUGUUCAAAUACCGAAACACAGCCAGCAACUAAGCAUCCGACCGAGAUGUGUCCGAAGGAAGUUGACAUGACAACUGCUUGUGCAUGCUUUCGAACUGUUGAUCAGGUCAGGGCUGCAAUAGCAGAGGCACAGAGAAUAAUCAUAGCGUGA